AUGCCCUGGAAGCACGACAACUUCACUUCCACCGAAUGUGCCGAAUGGAUUGCCGGGACGGACACGAGCGGCACGUCGAAGAGAGAAGAAAGCACGCUCCGAGCCACCUCAGCAUCGGUUAUUCGCAUGGCAGAAGUGUUACGCAGCGAAGGCAUGAUAAAAAGGGCCAUGCCACAAGCGAGUCAGCUCCGGGAGCUUUGCCUGCAGGCGACUGGCCAGUCGGACCCUUUGCUGCGCGAGCCGGUCUUGGAGCGGCAAAGCAGUUUGGGCGACAAGCUCACCGCCGCAGUGCUGCAACAGCUGGACUUUCGGAGCAGCCCUGACUGGCUGCCGCUCGCAAGAAGGAGCAGCCUUUCUUGCAUCGCCGCAGCCGCCGGCGAGGAGGAUGUGACGAAGGCUGCAGAUGGAGAGCUCAUCUCCUCCGCCAUUGAUGCAUGGUGCGCAUCUUCGCUGGAGCCCUGGCAGCACAAGGUGCCGCAGGGUGCCGGGCGCGUCGUCGGUGCCGAGUCCUUCGAGGUCGCCACUGCCGCAGCCCCUGCAGCCGCAGCAGCCCUGCGUCCUAUCUUCAUGGUGCACGAUCGGUCGAACCAUGCAGAGCGUGGUGCUCUCCUGCAGCUGCUGAGACUCCUCGCCCAGGAGGCUUCCCUGGCGGCCCUCAAGCUUGAGAUUGCGGAAGCAUCUUCGACCUUGGAGGCUGCGCAGCAAGAGACCCUGCUGUGGAAGCAGAGGGCAGAGAUUCUUUUGGGCAGACGCAAGGCGGCCAUGGCAGUGGCAUCUCGCUGGCAUGGUGCCGAUGCCGCGUGGGACUGGCUGAUGGAGCAAGGACAAGGGCCCCAGGAGCUGCAGGACCUGCCCGAAGGCACUGAACUUCGCCUGCAGAACCGAGAGCUCUGCCUGUCGCUGCGCCAGUUCAAGCAGGAUUGCGAGUCGCUGGAGGCCGAAAACCUCAGCCUGAAGGAGGCAUUGGCUUGCAUGGAGGAUGACCUGCACAGGGUGUCGGACCAGCAUGCUCAGUUGGUGGGCCACGUGAACCACCGUCAAAAAAUCCGCUACACGAUGAAGCUGAAGGAGGAAAUCAACCGUUUGCACGGUGAUCUCAAGAAGGCGCGGCAGCGAAUCGUUCAGCUGGAAGUGAACAAGGAGAGUGACAGCCUUUUCGAGGCCUUGGCGUCAGUAGUGGGUGGCGAGUCGUACACCACCGCCAGCAAAGCUCGUCGAGGAUCACGGCUGGCGACAAGCCAGCGCCGAGGGUCUGUUGCGGCGACACGGCCGCCGAGACGAGGAGAAGUUGUGAGCCGUGAAGACGAUCAGGUGCGCUUGGCUGAAGCAGAGCAGCUUUGCAUGCUGCAGCAGAGCGCGCUGGACCGGAUCAGCAUGGACUUCCAGCACUUGAAAGCCCUCAUUGAGCGAGCAGUGCAGCUUGCAGAUGCCGAGCGACGCCAUGGCGUUGAAGGAGGGAAUUUCGCAGCCCUCCUCCAUCGCCUGCGUGAAAUCAUCGCGGCUAAUCAUCGGAAUCCAUCUUCCGGAGGAAAUACCGAUGAUCUUGGAAGACUGCCAGUGACCGCCACAUCCAUCACUUGUGAUGAUGACGACGAAGAGCUGGCAGAAGGAGACACAGUGUGCUACGGCUGCCCUGAGCAACAAGACCAUGCCGUCGAAGAGCUCGGAUGA